AUGUCUGCUUCAUAUAUUCGUCGUGAUACAACACUUGUCUCAAAUCCGUGCCCUUUAUCUAUCCUUUCUACCGGACCAUCAGCAUCAGCAGCAUCAUGUAUAAGCGCCAAUGAACAUCAUCAUACAAUCAGAUCAUAUUCAGAUCAAAAUCAAAUAGGAAUGCCUUCAAAACAUAGUCCAGGAGCAGCAACAGGAGUAUCUAGCGGCGGUGCCGGCGGCGGCGGCGGUCAUCUUCAGCAACAGCAGCAACAACAACAACCAAGUCAAGCUAGUAGUAUGCAUUCGCCAAAAAUGUCACCAGAUUCAACUCUAACACAAUUAUCCUCAACACCGUCAAGUUUUAUGUCGUAUUUAAAUUCAUCAACAAGUCUUAGCGGUUCCCUAUUGUCAUCAUCAUCAUCGUUAUUAUCCAAUGGUAAUCCUAUUGCAUGUGAUAGUUUUCUACGUACAGCUCUUUUAUCAGAUAACAAUAAUAACAAUAAUAAUAAUCUAGAUAAACAAUGUGUUGGCAGUACAACAAAUUUAAUGACUAGUAAUAGUAUACCAAAUUUUCAUGAUCCAAUCAAUAAUACUAUUCAACCAUGUUCAUUACUACGUCCUCGAGCUAUGACAACAUCGAAUGCUUCAAGAUCAGGUACACCAGCUAGUAAUAAUACACCAACAUCUGGCGGUGGUGGUGGUGGCUCGGCUGGUGUUGUCGGUUCAUCAGUAUGCGCAUCUGCACCGACCAGUACAACACCGAUUAAAAAAUCAUCAAGACGUAAUCCAUGGGGUUCAGAAACAUAUUCAGAUUUAAUUUCAGUAGCUAUACGUUCAUAUCCAGAUAAACAGGCAACUUUACAACAAAUUUAUGAUUUUAUUAUUACACAUUAUGAAUACUUUCGGGAACGUAGUGAUCCGACUAGUUCAGCUGGAUGGAAGAACUCAAUACGCCAUAAUCUAUCGCUACAUGAUAGAUUUACAAAAUGUCCAAAAUCCUCAGAUAAUACAAAAUCUUCCUAUUGGAGAAUUAAUCCAGAUGUUGCGGCUAAACCGUAUGUACGCAGACGAGCUUGUUCAAUGGAUACAACUAAUUUAAAACGACCAAGUCAUUAUGGAAAAAUGAAUAAUCGAUCAGGUGGCGGUGGUGGUGUUUCUCACCGUAGUAAUGCUUCCAACAACAAUAAUAACAAUAUGACUGGACAUCAUCGUCUUCAAGUGCCUUCAACAGACAAUGAGGCAAUGAAGUUAUCUUUAUCACCAGUAUGUGAAUUACAACAGCAGCAACAACAGCAUCAUCCAUUGGAUUUCAAUAGUUAUGCCUCAUCAAAAAUCGCCUGUAAUCGAUCAGAUAAUACAACAGACUGUGGGGAAAUUAAUCUGAUGAAUAAUAGUGGUGGUGGUGGUGGGAGCAGCGGUAGCUGUCGUCUAGCUUCAUCAACAUCACCGUCAACAGACACGUGUAGUACAACUAAGUCUAUGCAUUUUUAUCAUUGUACACAACAGUCGAAUCCUGCGAAUAAUGAUACACUAUGUGAUAAUAAUAAUCCAUUAAUACCUACUUGUAUUAGUUCAUCACAUUGGCAAAAUGCUAAAGCAUUAACACAUCAUCAUCAACAUCAGCUUCAGCAUCAUCAGCAGUUAUCAAAUUCUCAGGCAUAUAAUUCAAAUGCUACAUCUGGCGGCGGCGGUGUCGGUGGUGUUGGUAGUAAUAUAUUCAAUUCAGGAUUCUCUGGUCUGUCUUGUUCUACUGAUCUACCGCCAAAUCGAUGUGGUCGUACAAGUGGAUUAAUUGAACAAUUAUUACGUAAUGAUCAUACUAUUGGAAUGAAUAAUUCUUCAUCAAUGCAUACCAUAGAUCGUUUAUCCUCAGAUCAUUAUCCUACAAAUUUAUUUCCUUCAUGUCACUCUGGUAAAUCUUCUUUCACAAUUGGUAGUAGUAAUAAUACAAGUAUGUGCAAUUCACUACAACAAAUGGAUACUUUAAAUUGUUCAGAUUAUUUAUCUAAUAAUAAUAGUACAAUUGAGGCAGCAUCAUCAUUAUCUCAUAUGGAAUUACUUAGACAACAUCAACAACACCAACAGCAACAACAGCAGCAGCAGCAAUCAUUACAACAUUCAAGUGCUGCAGCUGCUGCCCUUCUCAGUCAUAUUAAUAAUAAUCCAUCACGUGGAUCAUCAAAUGCAUCAGCGCAUCAUUUAUUACCAGUACCUUUGUUAACAAGCGGUGGCGGUAAUGAACAACAUCAUGGUUCAUCGGCAGCUGCAGCGGCUGCAGCUCAAUCUUACUGGCAAGCUUAUCGUUCAUCGGUUUCAUCAGCUUCGUCAGCAACAGGAUCAUGCUUCUAUCCAGUUGGUGGUGGACAUUAUAAUCCACCAAGUUCAUCUACACCGAUAGGUGGUGGGGGUGGUGCUAACAAUAGUUUCACUGCUUCAUUUUAUGAUACAUCACACUUAUUACAUUCAUCAUCCAAUGAUGGCGGUAAAUUACUGCCGUUCCUAAAUUCCUGUUCAUCGUCAGCAUCUCAUGGUCCGACUACACCGACUACAUCAUCACCAGCAACAAAUAACAAUAAUACGUCAUCAGCGAAUUCAUGGCGUCAAUCAUUGGGAUUAGAUAUGCGCCUGUUCAACGAUUCGCAUAAUGAUUCUCAACGGUCAACAGUUGUUGAUCAUUCUAUGCCAACUUUAUCAACAUCAUCUUCAUCCUCAUCAUCGUUAUCGUGCUCAGUACAAAAUAGUGGUGGCGGUGGUGGUGUUAUAGAGAAUGCCAGUCGAUCCCUGGGACCAGUAACACCACCAGAUUUAAUGUAUUUCCCACAGACAUCACUUUUCAAUAUGGAGUCUUCAUCUUAUCAACACCAACAACAGCAACAACAACAGCAGCAGCAGUCUAAGCAAGAUAAUGACGGUAACGAUACAUCAAUGACAGAACAAUUAUGCGAAUUAGGUCGAUCUACCUAUGAAACAACACAACAACAACAACAACAACAAAAUUCGUCAUCAUCACCACAACCACUGUCGUCGUCAUCAACAUCAUCAGCAUCAUCGCCUCCUGCUUCUGCCACGGCCGCAGCCUCAGCUUCAGCAUUCACUCCAAAUCUAAGUCAAUCCUCACGUCCUCCGUCUACUAUUAUUGGCGAUUGUACAACAUACAGAGAAAUGCGACAAUAUAUUGAACCGUAUAAUACUACUACUGCUACUAAUACUAAUACUAAUACUGCAUCGUCUUAUGAAGAUGACUGUGAACCGUUGGAGUUGGAAUUGAGUUUAGAGUUGGCUGAUCGAAUUGUUGGCAGUACGAGUGUUUGUCACGUCAGUAAGUAAUCCAAUCACUUCGAGUUUUGGAUGCCCACCAAAUUAAUCAUAUAAAUUUACAAUGCCCAUUCCUAAUCAUCACUUAUUGGAAUAUCUCUCUUAUUUUGGUUUGGGAUAAUAAUAAUAAUCGAAAAAAGAAAUGUGGAAGAAUUGAUGUUGUGGUUGUUGUCCCUGUUGUUGCUGAUGAUGAUGGUGAUGACGUAAUAACUUAAUUCUAUGUUUUGGAGAUUCAUAUAAAUCUUCCAUCGAAAAUGAUAAUAAUAAUAAUAUAUUGAUAUCUAUCUAUCUAUUUACAUUUAUAUAAAUAAAUCUAUGUGUGUAUUUGAAGGCAGCUUGCAUAAACCUCCGAAUUCAUCUUUCACUAUUAUUAUUAAUACUACUACUACUACUUGUUUUUACUGUGUUUUUUUAAAAAAAAUAUUCCCUCUUCUCUGUCCUUCUUCCUGUAGAGGAUUUGAUGAGACGGUUUUCCUGUGUGUGUAUGUGUGUGAGAGAGAGAGAGAAAGAGCGAGAGAGGGAUGGAGAGGAAGCCCAAUUUCACAAAGUACAUCUUUAUCAUUUGGUCACUACUGUUACUUCUACUUUGCCAGUUAUAUACAUAUAAUAUUGACCCACCACCAGUGUAUCUUGCCAGUGUGUCUAACCAAGAGUUGUUGUCUUUCCCUUAUCUCCCGUCCCAUCUGUCGUGGCACUGUUGUGGCACACACAUUUUUGAGCAGGAUUAUUUAUUGUCUUCUCUAGUGCCUGCGUGCCUAAAUUGAUAAAACCUACCUAUUCAGGUCUGUAAUUAUUAUACAAAACGGGGAAUGUAAGUGUGAAAUGAAAAAAAACUUUAAUAGCGCCUAUUAUUAUCAUUAUCACUACUAUUACUCUUUUUCUUAUUCUUCUUAUUAUUAUGAAUCCAACUUUACCCCCGCCCCCGCCCACACAGAUAACCCCGGUUCACACGAAAUUGAUUAUUUACCCAUUCAAUGUCUGAAUGAGUGAUUGAUUGAUUGAUUGAGUGAAAGUGUACAAUGAAUGACAGUCAUAAAGCUACGAACCACCGGUUAAUAUAAACACAAACACACUUCAGGAAUUCAUUCAAUUUUGGCGCCAGGGGUUGGAGUCUAACUCCCUCGCCUCCUCCCCCUCUGAUCCCAUCCCAUCCUACUUUUACAUUUAUCCAUUUAUCCAUUUUUUGAGUUGUUUUUUUAAAGGAAAAUAUUCUUUGUGAAAAAUUUUUGUUUCUUAUAUCGCCAACACCACCACCACCAUCACUGCGCUUUAUUGUCUCUCUAUCUCGAGUCAGGUAAAAUUGUUUUGUGUACUUUUAACACGGUUUCACUUUGAGUUUUUAAAAAAAAUUUUUUAUUUAUUUCCCUUUUUUGUGCUUUUGUGUGUGUUUGUGCGUAUUAUUCCUGAUAAUUAUGAUAAUAAUAAUAAUAAGACGAAGAAUAACUACACUAAUAUAUAGCAUCAGCUCUCUACACUUCUCAUUCAUAAAAGAGGAGUUUAUCUUGAACCUCAGGAGGAGUCGAAGCAGGCGGCAGCGGCGGAGGAGCAAUAUCAUUGUUGUAGUAAUAAAUGAUUUUGUGUUAAAUGAGACGCAUUGUUGUCCUACUGUCGUUGUUCUUGUUCUCGCUUGAUUUGUAUCAUCUCUUCGGUUUUCUUCAUUAACACACAUACACACACUGCAUUCUGUGUAUUAUCGGCAGGAAUUCAUCUACCUAUAUAUAGUACGACGUAUAUUAUAUGCAUAUAUAUAUCCAGUGAAAAAAAAUAAUAAUAAAGAAAUACAAUAAUUGAUUGUGACUAUUUCGUCUAUUUUGUGUGUUCUCAGCCUAUAACGGUGGCAUCUACUCUCUCCCUCUCUCUCUAUAAUAUUGCCCAACCAUUAUUAUUAUUAUUACUGCCGCUACUACUAUAAUCAUUGUCAGUGAUUGAUUAAUUGAUUGAUUGAUUGAGUGGUGUUCACAUCUUCUUUGUUCUCUGGUAUAUUUUUGUACUAAUCUCCUCCUCCUCGUCGUUGUCGCUGUUUACUUACUUAUUCAGUGAAUUAAUUCUCUAUCUCUCUCUGUGUAUUCCUUCCUUCUUCCUUUACACGCUUACACAUAACGUGUAUAAUUCUCGAUUGUGUGUGUUCCUGUUAACACCUCUUCUUCUCUUUGUUAUUUUGUAUCUUUCUUAUUCAUUGAUUCCUUCAUUCCUUCACACAUGCACUGUCUGUUUUAUUGUGUGUCAGUAAUUGUUCGAGUACUCCUACUCAAUGGUUCCUUCACAUAAUACCGAUCUUUUUUGUCUCUCUCUCUCUCUCCUUUUUCUUUUAUAACAUCCCGCGCAGCAUUUACUCAGUGGAAUAAAAGUACAUUCUCUAUGUGUAGUCGUGAAAGACUUCCUAACCUCCAUCUAUCUCUCUCUGAUUAAUAAUGACGAUUAUGCUGGUGAUGUCGAUGUUGAUCAUUGCAGUUAUAUAUUGUUAUGACUAUUAUUAUUACUUUUUUAUAUAACUCUUCGUUUUUUUUAUAUAUUUAUACAAGUGCUUUUUAAUAGAGACACAUUACACACAUACACUCACGAUUUUCAAGUCAGGGAUGAUAUAUAGAUAUAAUAUACACAUCUAUAUAUGUAAGUUGUUGUACUGCUGAAUGCGUGUAUAACACAAAUUGUCUUUUUUUUUGUUUUACUGUCAUCUUCAGCUUCUUUGUCAGGUGUGUUCUCCUUUCCCCCUCCCCAGUAUUUCCCCCAACUGCCCCUCCUCGCUUCUCUGUCUCUCACUCAGUGACUCACUCUCCAUUGUUCUUGUUUUCUGUGCCGGUUUUUACAGUAUUACUCCUGGAUGUUGUCUAUGUAUAUGUGUUAUACCCGUGUAGCUGUGAUUUUGAUGUAUACAAAAAGAAAAUACACAGGGAACUAUUACUUCAUUUGACCCCGAUGUCUUCUCUUCUUCGUCUUCUUCUUCUUCUUCUCCCUCUUCGGUACUUUAUGCAUAUUACAAACAUGUUUACUGUCUGUUGUUGGUAAGCGCCAGGGAUGAGGAGAGAUAGAGAGAUACACCAUCGUGGUAAAAACAAAUCCGUCAGCUUUUAUUUCCUCACCUCUUCCUCCUCCUCGCCAUCUCGCUAGUCGUCGGCGUUACUGUCGUCCUCCUCCUCAUUGUUGUUGUUGUCUGGUGUCAUCACUUUUAUUGCUGUUACUGCUGCUUGUGUUGAUUGAUUUUUUUUGCUAAAAAAACAAUAAUAAUAAUAAAGUUAGCCUCGUUUGUGCUGUAAUUUGUGUGUGUGUUGUUCUAUCCCGGCAUUCUUUUUCAAUUAUGUAAACGAAAAUAAAAAACUAUGAAGAGUGUUUAUGUACACUCUUUCUCUCCUUCUCACACACCUCUGAAUAGGUUGAUUCAUCAAUGUGUGUGUUCUCUUUCCUCCGCGUUUCAUCAUCGUAUCUUUCAAUCUUUGAACCAUCGUUCAUUCGUUCAUUCACUAUUUGGUCGUGUUCCUCUCCAGGCUGUUCCUUGAUUCCUUAUCAUUUUCAUUCAUUCAUUCUUCUUCGUAUUGUCUUUCUCUUUAUAACUUUUGUGUACACUCAGUCAGUAAUUUAUAUCUAUUUAUUUUAAUAUUUCUCUUUGUCUUUCUCUUUGGGAAAUAGUCAUUCAUUUCUCCAGACGGUGUACCACACCACCACCAUACACACCCUGUCACAGUGUUCUCUCGUGUGUUUUUCUCUUGUCUUUGUCAUUUGAAGUCAAUUACUGUCAUAAUAUUAAUAAUAUUGAUAAUAAUAAUCAUUAUGUCAUUGAAAAGAAAAGAUAAAAAAAUUGCGCCAUAUCUUUUCCUUUUUUUUAAAGAAAGAACUUUAUUUAUUACUCGAAUAAUAAUAAUAAUAAUAAUGUUGGUAGUCGUUGCAUCUUCCUUUCGAUCUUUGCUUCCUUCUCCUCCCCUUCUUCUUCUUCGAAAGUUCCUUUUGAAGGAUGCAUUCACAUUCUUCAGGUAUGAGAAAUUCCCUUUAAUUAAUAACUCCCCUCCCCAUUUAUUAUAAGGGUGGGGAGUAGGGGCUGGGAAAGUCUCUUGUUUUCUUACUUGUAUAACACUCCCACCUCCCUUUGUCUGUGCGUUUGUGUAUGUUUGUGUGUGCGAGUGAGUGAAUGAGUGCCAGUAUAUGUCUUCGUAUCGGUUUCUUCGAAUUCUUCUCUAUUCAUUAUUAUACACAUUCAGACAAAUAGAUAGAUGGAUAGAUAUAUAUACAAUGUGUACACUCCUCUAUAUACACUUUCCUACCUAAUAUUAUCAUCUAAUUUUAUACGUGUACUUACCUCCUUUCCAUAUUUUUUAAUUUUUUAUUUCAAUAAAUGACGGCCAAUCCUUCCUUUGUGCGUGUUGUGUAAUUCAUUUCUUCUCCUUCCUCUAUUUUUUCUUCUGCCCAGACAGGGUGCUACACACACUGAUUUGAGAUGAGAUGAGCUGAGCUGAGAAGCGAAAACUAAUCAGGGGAAUAUAUACCACCUACUUCUAUUAUUAUAUGUGACACUUUCCAUUAUCUAAUAUCUAUAUAUCUAUAUACGUAUGUAUAUGUCGACAAAGCUUUCCAAUUUUUGAUGCUUUUGUUUUCUUCAACAGGGAUUUAUUACCAAUCUAUUAUCAGGGGUACUAUUCUUUGCUACUACUAUUAUUAUUAUUGUUAUUAAUAUCAUUAUUAUUAUGAGUAUCUGAGUAGAUAUAUAUUUCAGACAUCAGUCUUUUUUUUAAAAAACACCUUUAUUAUACUACUUACUUGUAUUAAUUACUACUGACAACAAUAAAUGAUAAAAUAAGAUAUUUUUUAAACAAACAAACAAAGAAAACUGUGCUAACGAUGCAAUACCAUGCAAAAUGCAAAAAUUCAGGAAUAUUACAUAAUAAUAAUUACAUAAUAAUUGUCAUUUCACUUUUUGUUUCCGCCCCCACAACCUCCCACCUCUGUUCACAAGUCUAUAUUUGUCUACUAGUAUUGUGUGUGUGUGUAUGUGUUCACCCCACCCCACCCCACCAUCAUCAUAAUCUACCUCUUAUACUUAGACUGUGUUAGGUCUAAUCAUUUAUGCACACAUACACCCCCGCAUACAUACCUAUCUAUCUAUUCUAUUCUAUUCUACUCUAUUCUCUUCGAUAUAUAAUACAUGCGCAUACUCUUGGUGUUCCAUUGUUGUCUUUUUCGUGUGUCUUUUUGAAGCCUGUCCAGAGAGAUUCAUUUAUCCGCUUCAGCACAAUACUACUACUACUAAUAAUAAUACUAAUAAUAAUGCAAAAAGGAGAGAAAAAGACUAAGUAUCCAUCUAUCCUUCCUGAUUGUAGCUAGCUAUUAAUCUCUUGCGCCGUUAUCAUCGUCGUUAUUCGUCGUCCUCGUCGCCGUCAUCAUCAUCAUCAUCAUUGUGUUGUGUUCUGACUCCUCUUAAUGCCUUCUUCUUCUUGUCCUCUUUUCCUCCCGACACUUCAAUUCUCUCUCUCUUUCAUCACUCCUCGCCCUCGUCGUCCUCCUCGUCGUGUUGAUUCCAGUCCCCUAUUCACUGAUGAUAUAAAUCUACAUAUAUAUGGACUAAGUGUUCUUUCGUAAUUGUGCCUAGUUCUCUCUAUGUAUGUCUGUGAGUGUAUCUUUGUGU